GGGAGGGAGGGACACAGAAAGGUCUAAUUGUCACCAUAGCAAUCAGAGCAUCACAGGCACGUAGAAAGAGGAAGAGAUCUGGUUUCAGAAUCAGUCUGGAAUGCUAAGUGAACACUGAUCACCAAAACUUUGAUCAUCAGAACAUUGAUCACCGCUGUGAUUGAUUACCGAUUAGCAAAAGACAUGGCUGAUGUUCUGUACAACGAGCGGUGACUGACAGCAGCCUGGGUCUGGAGUGCAUUGAUUGCCAAUCAGAGACAUGGAUUACCAAUCAGACACAUUGAUUACCAAUCAGAUCCACACCUGAGAAUUGCCGCACAGACCCGCAUGAGCUUCACAGAGCCGUGAUCUAGGCUGCAGUGCACUUAUAAGUGAAGUCACUGGAACUCAGGAGUGCUGUGUUCUGACACAGCACUGCACACAUGCAAUUAACUCAUCCAUUUCAUUUUCUUUUAGUUCUCAGUAUAAAAUGCCUCAUGAACUGUUUAAGUAGUUCUGCUCCAGUUCUUUUCCUGUAAAGUUACUUCAUCCAGAAAGCCAGUUUUGCUGAUUUCCCACUCCAAAUGAAGAGUUUAUAAAUUAAUCAAUCAGACACCCCCCAACCCCGCUCCUCUGAUACACCCACUCUGUGAUUGACAGGGGGGGUUAUUUCCUUACUGCAGAGGAUGAAGAUGAUUCCUGUGAUUAACACUCCUCUCGUUGAAGGAGUGGCAGGCAUUCGUUUGUGAAGCAGCAAGGAAUACGAGCUGGAAUACAAACAAUCAUUGUCUCCUGGGAGCGCAUACCUACUCUGAGACAGAGAGCUUUAAAAUACAUAACCCUAUCCCUGGAAUUCAUUCACUUCCACAUUGGAACACACACACACAUAUAGAGAGAGCUUUGAAAUAUAUACCACUACAUAUUUGUAUUUAGAAAGGAAACAUAGUGAGAGAGGAGAGGGAAGAAGAGAUAAGGACAGGAGAGAUCAUUUGAGUGCUUCAGCAGAAGAAAUCGACUUUAUAGUAAUCAGGAGAGGGGGAGGGAAAGAGGGGGAAGGAGAAGGAGAGAAUGAGACAAGAGGAGAGUAGAAGGGAGAGAGACAUGUACAUUCUUUGGCCACCUGAAUAAUAAUGAAUCCACACAGAAAUACAUAAUUUAGUACAAUCAGACUAGAGGAGAGAAAAAACAAAUAGAUACACACAGAUAAACACAUACAAAUACACACAGAUAAACACACACACACAAAGAUUAACACACACACACACACACAUAGAUUAAGACAUACACAUACACACAUAGUAAUGACACCACCCCCAUCCCCCCUAUCGCCCCAGCCCCCCCCAUCUCUCCUGUCUCACUCGGGGCUCCAGCAGAGUGCUUCCUACUGGCUGGGGUGUGGGGGUGCUGUCCAUGGUGCUGAACGGCUGGGUGCUGCUGGGGCUCUCUGCUCGCUGUGAGCAGCGUCGGGCCCUGGACCUGCUCCUCGCCCUGCUGGGAGGGACCCACAUGCUCAGCGCUGCCCUGCCCCUCAUCCUCUUCUCCUGCGUGCAGUUGGGGGGAAACAAACCAGCGUCCCCUGCAGCCCUCCCAGUACAGCCAGCUCAGGGGAGCUCAGCGCUGGACAGAGAACCACUGCAAAGCCUUCGUCUCCACAUUCUACUGCCUGACGCUGGCAACCUGCUUCACAGUCUCCUCUGUCUCCUAUCACCGGAUGUGGAUGGUGAAGUGGCCGGUGAAUUACCGUCUCUCGAGCCCACGGAAGCAGGCAUGGCAGGCCACGCUGGGAGGCUGGACAGCUGCCUUCAUCCUGGCCACAUUGCCCUCGCUGGGCUGGCACACCCCCGGGCAGCGCUUCUACCAGGGGGGCACCUGCCACUACAGCCCCGGGCACAUCGGCCUGGGCUUCGGGCUGUGCCUGCCCCUGCUGGUGGGAGGGGGCACUGCCACGGCACUGUGCUGCUCCACGCUCACUCUUACCGAGACGAUCUGCAGGGGGCGCCGCCACGCCGGUAAGUACCGACUCUCCAUCUCACUCCUCACGUUUCAGAGGUCAAGGUUCAAGCAACUCAAUUAUCUCAAUAAAACCGCCCAGACUUUGGGUACUUUUAAUGUUUAUUUAUUAUUAUUUAUUAUUUAUUUCUUAGCAGAUGCCCUUAUCCAGGGCUGUUAUGUAAAUAACCAUGCACAGAUGAUGCUUCUUUCAACAACCACGUAUUUAUUACACUUGCUCUGACUCCUGCACCUUUGACCCCCAUACGGAGGUGAGACUCCGUGUUCAAACAUGCUGUGCUGUAGGACAGCCGUAAAGCAGUAGCCCAACCGCAAAUGUUGUGAAACCAAAACAGAUUAAACAGUGGCUGAAUGCAGUCAGCACUAAACAUCUAAGCACAGACAUAACAAGGGCAACUUACAGUUGUUAUAAAAUACCGAUAGAGCAGUUAUAAAAUAAUAAAUAAAAUAAUAAAAAAAUUAUAAAAUAAUAAAAUCAGUAGAAAAUAAGAGUAAAUUCAAAUAAAAACAAAAUAAAGAGAGCGAUUUAAACAGCAGUUAAACUAUUUGCUUGUAAGAGAAAAUUCCAUUAAGAGCAAGUAGUAAGUACAAUAAAUGGGUAAGAACGAUUUCAAAUAAGAGCAAUUACAAAAAAUGUGAAUAAGGUUACCUAUAAAACAAGUACAAGAUACAGUAAGUAGUUAUAGGUAGGAGCAGUAGUUGAAUGCAGCAAGGUAUGGAGUAGUUCAGUGAGAGUACAAGCUGAUUGUACUACUGGUACAAUUGGGUGCCAUAUAGUCCAAUAUAGUGGAGAGUUAUGAGGUUUACAGAUGCUGUCUGAACAGGUGUGUCUUGAAGAGGCGCUGGAAGGUGGUCAGGGACUGAGCAGUCCUGAUAUCCAUGGGUAGGUCAUUCCACCACUGAGGGGCGAGGGUGAAGAAGG